ACAAAACCCUAAAAAUCCCGCCUUUGCUGUGUGGGAAAACCAGAUGACAGACGAGCAAUCAUCUCCGUCUCUUCCGCAGACUUCCCAGUUAUCGCAAAAUCAAUGUCCUGAUUUCCUCGAGCGUCCCUCGAAACUGCCCAGAAUCGACGGCCGAGAUUUCCCCGACGGCGGGGAAGAAGAGGAAGAAGAGAGAGAAUUCGUUGAGAGGAAUAUGCAGAGCACGAAUCCCGGGAUUCAGAGAUAUUUAGUCGCGAUUGAGUAUAUUGGUUCUAGAUUUUCUGGUGCGCAAAAGCAGUCCACUUGCAGAACCGUUGUUGGUGUGCUCGAGGAUGCGUUUGAAAAAUUUAUUGGACAGCCAGUUUCCAUUUUUUGCUCGAGUCGGACUGAUGCCGGGGUUCAUGCACUAUCAAAUGUAUGUCAUGUAGAUGUUGAGAGGAUAAGCAAAAGAAAACCUGGUGAAGUGUUACCACCUCAUGACCCUUCUGUGGUGAAAAGAGCUGUUAAUCAUUUUUUACAGAAGAACGAAGGUGAUAUUAUGGUGAUUGAUGUGCGAUGUGUUCCAUCUGAUUUUCAUUCUCGAUAUAAAGCUCAGGAACGCACGUACUUCUACAGAUUGUUGUCUGGGAAGGAGCCUUUGUCUACCUUUGAGAAAGACCGGGCUUGGCAUGUACCUGAAGAUCUUGAUCUUUUAGCUAUGCAGAAGGCAUGCCAAGUACUUGUUGGACGCCAUGAUUUUAGUUCUUUUAGGGCUGCUGGCUGCCAGGCUAAGUCACCCAUUAGAACUCUAGAGGAAUUAACUAUUACUGAGGUUGCAUCAAGCCCAUAUUUUCCUUCAAUCUUGGAGAGAGAACAAAGCAAUUAUGCCAAAACAGAAACUGAUUCUCCUUGUGUUCCUGGCAUGCAUAAUCAACAUAAGAUAGAAAAUCCUGGUGACCUGACUAUUCAUGGAUUCGGUGUACGGCAACGGCAUCGUUGCUUUGUGGUUACUGCACGAGCAUGCUCCUUCCUUUACCAUCAGGUUAGAUUGCUUGUUGGGGUUCUGAAAUCAGUGGGCACUGGUGAUCUCACAGUUUCUGAUGUUAAACGAAUCCUGGAAGCAAAGACUAUAAGUGCUGCAAGUCCUAUGGCCCCUGCAUGUGGACUCUACCUUGGACAUGUGAAGUAUGACCUCCCUUCAGAUGUAUGACUUGCAGAUGAACCUGUAUUCAAUGUCGAAUCCUUGCAUCUUGAUGUUUUGUAGGCGGGAGAUUGUUCCAAUUUCUUGGUUUUAGCCUAAUAAUUUUUGCACUAGGUUUUGUAGCAGGUAAAUGACCUAAAAUUUUGUUGGGCGAACCGUCGAAGAAAUGACGAGGCACGACUGAGUUUAGGCCCUAAAUUAGGAGAACAUUUUCAUUUUCUUCUGGUCUUCAACGCAUGACCUGGGGUUUCUUGUUUGUGCUUGGAACAUAAAAUGUUGAUAUUUGUAAUGGGUAAUUAUAUUUAUACC